UUCUUUCUUUCAGGAAGAGGCUUGGCGUUUGUGCGCGUGGGAAGUUGGGUUAGUGUUACUUAUCGUUUAAUUUACACAUUUUACACAAUGGCCGAUGAAAUGCAGCAAGACGAAGGAUAUGAUCAGUGCGAAGAACAAAAUGGUAACGCAGAAAACACAGAUGAAAAUGCAGAUAAUCAACAAAUGAUGGUAGAUGAGGAAGAUGAUGGGGAAGACGACAGAAAAGUGUUUGUUGGGGGUCUCAGCUGGGAAACAACAACAAAGGAUCUCAGGGAAUAUUUUGAAAAAUUCGGUGAAGUCACAAAUUGUACACUUAAAACAGAUCUAGAAACAAGGAAAUCUAGAGGUUUUGGUUUUGUAGUUUUUGCAGCCACAGAAGCAGUAGAUAAGGUUUUAGCAGAAAAAGAACACAAAUUGCAUGGGAGAACGAUAGACCCUAAACGUGCAAAUCCUAGACCAGUCAACAAAAAAGUUUUCGUUGGUAGACUUGAUCCAGCAAUUACAGAGGAUGAAGUUAAAGCCUAUUUUGAAACAUUUGGUCCUGUUGAAAAACUUGAGCUUCCUUUUGAUAAAACUAAAGAACAAAGGAGAGCGUUUUGUUUUGUUGAAUUCAAAAAAUUAGCAGCAAUGAAGAAGUGCUUGGAACAGACAAAUCAUAAAAUUGGCACACAAGAGGUCGAAGUUAAAAAAGCUACUCCACCUGGUGGUGGUAAUGUAAGAGGUGGGCCAAGAGGAAGAGGAUUUGGACCAGCAGGAAGAGGAGGUCGUGGAGGUGGUUAUGGUUACAAUCAGGGAUAUGGUUAUGGUGGUUACGGAUAUCCAGGCUAUGACCAGAGCUAUGGAUAUGGUUAUGGUGGCGACUAUGGAUAUGGUGGUGGCUAUGGAUAUGGCGGCUGGAAUAAUGGAGGAUAUGAUCAGAACUACGGUUAUGGAUAUGGUGGUUAUGAUGAUUGGGGCUAUGGACAGGGAGGAGGUCAGUCAAAUUACGGUAAAGCGCAAAAGAGAGGCGCAGCUCAUGGAGGCUAUCAUCCUUACAAUCGCUAGGCAGGAUUAUUGAACAUAAGAGUUGGUGUAGAUCUUGUCCUUGUCCAGAUAGAUUUUGUGGAUUUUUAUCACAUCAUUUUAUGUCAUUUUCAUUUCUAUAUGUUUUACUGUAUUAAAAGGCCAUCUUUUUUAAA